AGGGCGGGGGGAGGCCCCUGGAAAGCUGGGGGCGGUAGCUCACGCCCCGAGCUCUAGCGCGGCUCUGGGCGCUGUUCGGAGUCGCGCGUGGUGCGGUGGGGGUCUGGCAGUCGUCGGGGAGGGCAGGGUCCGUGCCCUCUAACCCCAGAAGGGCUUUCCAGCACCCUUCCCGGUGCAGCCUGCCGGGCUCUGAGAUCAGAGUGGGUGGUCACGGUGUGCUUGAGCGCGGAUUCACCCUACCUGAGCCGCCGCCGCGCGAGCUGUGGAAAAACGGCCUGUCCUCGCCUCGCUCGGCAGACGCCCGCGGUGUGGCCGCGCGGGACCUGCUUCCCCCGUGUGCCCGUCACGGACGGAGGAGCACCGGUCGGUGCCCAGGCCACGUCUCGUCUCCACCGGUUGCGCUCCAAGUGGGCGAACGAAUGAAGGGAAAACACUAACAGCUGCACACAUCAGUGGCGGGGAAGUGUGUCCGCGUCUGCGCGGGUGUACGACUGCGGUUACGAAGUGCGUUCCCAGGACACGGACUCAGGGCCUGAGCAGAGUGUCCCCGGAUAAAAUUCGGAGGGAGACCCAGGUCCUGGCGACCCAUGUGAUCUGGAGGAUAUGAAGGCAGACGACGCGGUAAAGCGCCUGUUCGUGGGCGGCCUCGGCCGGGACGUGACCUCCGCGGACCUUCGGGACCGGUUCAGCAGAUUCGGGGACGUUUCCGAGGUGGAGAUGAUCACUCGGAGAGAUGACCAAGGAAACCCACAGAAAGUCUUUGCAUAUAUCAACAUCAGAGUGGCAGAAGAAAACCUGAACAAAUGUAUGUCUAUUUUAAAUAAAACAAAAUGGAAAGGUGGAACACUACAAAUUCAACUGGCAAAAGAAAGUUUUUUGCACAGAUUGGCCCAAGAAAGAGAAGAAGCAAAAGCAAAGAAAGAGAAAUCAACAAUAGACAAUACCAGCUUUUUGGAAAAGAUGAAAGUGGUGGAUUUCCAUAUGAAAGCUGUGCCAGGAACAGAAGUGCCAGGGCACAAAAAUUGGGUUGUGAGUAAAUUUGGAAGAGUCUUACCUGUCCUUCAUCUAAAGAAUCAACAUAAGCGUAAAAUCAUGAAGUAUGACCCAUCGAAAUACUGCCACAACCUAAAGAAGAUUGCAGAGGAUGUCACACAUGCCACCCCUGUCUCCAGCCUCACCUGGGAACUGGAAGGCGGGGAUAACCCUAUGAAUAAGAAGCAACGAGGGGAGUUCUGUGCUGUUCACAGCCCCCCCCAGAAGAGAGUCAAAGUGCAGAAUGAGGCACCUGCUGCAUCUCCAGCUGUGAGAGCCAGACCCCACACGGUCCGGAGGAGUCCACAUCCCACACAGCAAGAGGCAGCACAGGAAGUGCCCUGUAAACCUAUCACUACUCAGUCACCCCAUCCCCCUGCUUCUCACUGCCAGAAACUUAAAAACGUAUUUGUUCAGACCUCUGGCAUGGGAGCUGCCAGGAGCAGAGAUCAUAUGUCUGAUGACGAUACUGAUUCUGAAGAGGAGAUAAGACUAGUGAUUGCUCGGGAGGAAAGCCUGGGGAAAACCACAUGGUCCUCAGUGGGUGACUCUGCAGAUGAGCCAUUUGAAGUCGUACGAGGGGACUUCAAGUCAGGUGUCCAAAAGCUGCCUUCUGUAACAGCGUUAGGCAUCAGUGGCGUCUCCUGCCAGGAUGGGGAAGGUAAUGUCCUAGGAAAUGAAAUCAACUAUGAUUCAGGAGAUACAGAUGAGAUUGUCACAGCAAAGAAAAAGGCUGGUAAGAUCAAAAACACAGAGUUUUCACAGAUGGAAAGGUCUGCAUGCAAGAAAACAUUUUUGAAAAAUAGAAGAAACUGUGAGCUUUCGGAUCAUUGUGUUAAAGCACAAAAAAGGAAGACUAACCCAGAGCAAGCCAUUGGUGCCAGGGUUAUACCCCACUGUAGCAGCAGGGAAGAUGCAGGUUCUGAGUCAGAAUUCUCUGAGUCUUCGGGAGAUGAGGAGUAUGACGCCAUGAUGAAAAACUGCCUCCGUGUGCAGCUCACGUUAGCUGAUCUGGAACAGCUGGCUUGUGGUGACCUUCAGUCUCCAGAAGAUCCUGAGAGCAGUGGCCAGGAAACCACCACCAAGGCUGACAGGACUCCAGGUGGCCUGCACAGAGCCCGGCCGUGUAUCCGUCCCGAGGAGAUUGUGGCUGCCCUUUUAGAAGGAGAAGAGAAUACUUGUGAAAAACAGAAAUCAAAGGAAAACAACUUAAAGCCAAAAUUCCAGGCUUUCAAGGGGGUGGGCUGUCUCUAUGGAAAAGAAUCAGUAAGAAAACCCUUAAAAGAGAAUGUUGCCUCUGACAAUGUAAAUACAGAUCAGAAUUCCUUGAAACUUGGUCCCGGCAGCAUGUCUGUGGAGAAGGGGUGUCCACCUGCCUAUGGCUCAUCAAGCAAAAUAACUCUUCUCCAACAUGCAAGGAAGACAAAUGACCCAAACCAAACUCAGCCUCGAAAGAGACAGUCUGCUUUCAAGAGCCAGGAUCACAAGAUGGUGUCCCCUAGCAGUUUGGAAGUGGAACGUAGAAAUCCUAUUUCUAGUCUGUUGCCAUUAAAAGAUGAGAGAUCCUUAAGUAUUGGUACAAAGAUCCCCACGGUAGGCUUUGAUGAAGACUGCUGCCACAGGACCAGGGAGGCUGGAGAGGGCUCCGGACAGAGUGGCCAGCCAGCGACUGGGAAAGCACCAGGGGACUCUUCCAAAAGAGACGCUCAGGAAAGCAAUGCCAGCUUCCCUCUUGGUGUGAACAGUUGGUCCAGUGUUGAUGCUAAGGAGAAGCAUGCUGAAGACAAUCAGAAGCGUUUGGCAGCCUUGGACGCAAGGCAGAAAGCUAAGGAAGUGCGGAAGAAGCUGGUUCAUAAUGCGCUGGCGGACUUGGAUGGUCAUCCAGAGAAUAAGCCAACACACAUCAUUUUUGACUCUGACAGUGACACAGAGGAGCAAAGCCAUCUGGGUGAGGAGCCCAUGGAGGAGUCCAUAAGCAGAGCAGCUGGGAGGCUGUUUGAUAGCAGCGAGGAUGAACAAUCUGGAUCCGAAGAUGAUAGUCACAGGUUCCAAAUUAAACCUCAGUUUGAGGGCAGAGCUGGGCAGAAGCUCAUGGACUUGCAGUCUCACUUCGGCACCGACCACAGAUUCCGCAUGGACUCCCGAUUUCUGGAGAGUGACAGUGAAGAGGAGCAGGAAGAGGUAAAUGAGAAGAAAACAGCCGAGGAAGAGGAGCUUGCUGCAGAGAAGCUCAAAGCCCUGAACGUCGUGCAGAGUGUUUUGCACACCACCUUGAGCAACUCUAUGCACAAAGGAUCAGUAGCUGCCAAGAAAUUUAGGGACGUCGUACGUUAUGAUCCAACAAGGCAUGACCACUCCACUUACGAGAGGAAGAGCAAUGAUAAACCAAAGGAAAGUAAAGCAAAACGGAGGAAGCAAAGGGAGGAGGCCGAGAAGCUGCCUGAGGUGUCUAAGGAGAUGUAUUAUAGCAUUGCUGCGGACUUAAAAGAAAUAUUUCAAGCUACAAAAGUUUCCAGUGAAACAACAGACAACACACCCUCUAAUGAGACUCGUGAUGGUGAGAAAGUGGAAGUCCAUAACCCCACCACUCUGACGACUGGGGCUGAGCAGCCUAGCAGCUUCACCUUCUCCUUUUUCGAUUCAGAUGUUAAAGAUGUAAAAGAAGAUACCUACAGAGCCGAGGCAGUGAAAACCGGGAAGGUUGUCUGGCAGGGAGCCUCUCAUUUCCAAGACAGCAGCUCCGGAGAGGAGGAUGUUGCUGAAGAAACAGAAGGCAGGAAGUCCAGAGAAGUAUCAUUACCUGAAAAAGAGAGCACUAGAUUUUUCUUUUUUUCUAAGAAUGAUGAAAGACUUGGUGGUUCUGAUUUAUUCUGGAGAGGAGUGGGAAGUAAUAUUAGCAGGAAUUCUUGGGAGACUAGAACAAACAACUUGCGAAUGGACUGUCGGAAGAAACAUAAAGAUGCCAAAAGGAGAGUGAAACCAAAAUAAUAAAUGUCAGCAUUGGUUUUGAUAUGAAUGUGAAGAAGCCUCGCCUAUGGAAAUUGGGUGAUGCAGAAAAUAAUUUUAAGUGAGAAAGAAUUCAUAGUGAAGGAGUAUUAAAAUGUGCUUGAUGGAUA